AGUUAGCGGGCCAAGCCCGGCCCAUCAGCUCUCUCUCUCUCUCUCAUUCCCUUCCGAUCGUUCCCUAAUAUCAGUCUCCUCAUCAGGCAUCUAUUCGCCUACGCCGCCUCUCCAUCCUCUUCGAAUCCGGGCUUGCGCUGCGACUCGUCUCGGGGCGCCGUUCUCCGGUCUAAGGAGGGCGGACGCCGGUCUCCGGUACCAGCAGGGCGGACGUGGUAUUUUGUUCAAGUUCGGAAUUUAAGAAGCCUUUUCUUGUCGCCAAUCCCUCCAUGGCUUCGACCGGGGAGGAUGGAUUGGAGAAAACAGCACAGGAGCAAAAGCCUGGAGAGGAAAAUUUAGAGAAGAAAUUGAAGAAGGAGAAAAAGGCAAAAGAGAAAGAAGAAAAAAAGCUCAAGGCAGCACAAAAGGCAGAAACUGCAAAACUUUGGGCGCAAAAGGCUUCUGAUGGACAUAAGAAAAGUGAACGAAAAAAUCGAAAGAAAGAUGCUGAAGAAGAGAACCCAGAGGAUUUUGUUGACCCAGUGACUCCUCCUGGAGAGAAGAAACGACUUUCUCAUCAGUUGGCUAAGCAAUAUAAUCCCAGUGCCGUGGAAAAAUCAUGGUAUGCAUGGUGGGAAGCAUCAGGAUUUUUUGUGGCAGAUGCAAGCAGCUCUAAACCCCCUUUUGUAAUAGUUCUGCCACCUCCAAAUGUGACCGGGGCCCUUCAUAUAGGUCAUGGCCUUACAGCUGCCAUACAGGAUACGAUUAUCCGGUGGUGCAGAAUGUCUGGCUACAACACCUUGUGGGUACCAGGAAUGGACCAUGCUGGCAUAGCAACUCAGGUUGUUGUGGAGAAGAAGCUGAUGCGUGAAAGAAAAUUAACCAGGCAUGACAUUGGACGGGAGAGUUUUCUGUCUGAAGUUUGGAAAUGGAAAAAUGAGUAUGGAGGUACCAUAUUAAACCAGGAACGUCGGUUGGGAGCUUCUCUUGACUGGUCUCGUGAGUGUUUCACUAUGGAUGACAAAAGAUCAAAGGCAGUAACUGAGGCCUUUUUUAGGCUGUAUCGAGAAGGUCUAAUAUACAGGGAUCAUCGCCUUGUGAACUGGGACUGCACAUUACGAACAGCAAUAUCUGACAUUGAGGUUGAUUAUAAGGAAAUCAAAGAAGAGACUUUAUUAGUGGUUCCUGGGUACGAAUCCCCAGUCCAAUUUGGUGUUUUGACAUCAUUUGCUUAUCCUCUAGAGGGAGGGCUUGGUGAGAUUGUCGUUGCCACAACGAGAAUAGAAACAAUGCUUGGUGAUACUGCAAUUGCUAUCCAUUCUAAAGAUGAGAGAUACACUCAUCUACAUGGAACAUUUGCAAUCCAUCCAUUCAAUGGAAGGAAACUUCCAAUAAUCUGUGAUGACAUCCUAGUUGAUCCAAAAUUUGGGACUGGAGCUGUCAAGAUUACUCCAGCUCAUGAUCCUAAUGACUUGGAAGUUGGAAAGCGCCAUAAUCUUGAUUUUGUUAAUAUUUUCACUGAUGAUGGGAAGGUAAAUAGCAAUGGUGGUGCAGACUUUGAAGGGAUGCCACGAUUUAAAGCUCGCGCGGCUGUAGUUGAGGCUUUGCAAGCAAAGGGAUUGUACAGAGGUUCCCAGAAGAAUGAAAUGAACCUUGGUCUAUGUUCGAGAUCCAAUGAUGUCGUGGAACCAAUGAUAAAGCCACAGUGGUUUGUUGAUUGUAAUAGUAUGGCAAAAUUAGCUCUUGAUGCUGUGUUGAGUGAAGACAAUAAGAAGAUUGAGAUUAUUCCGCAGCAGUAUGAGCUAGACUGGAAAAGAUGGCUGGAGAAUAUACGUGAUUGGUGCAUUUCGAGGCAACUUUGGUGGGGCCACCGGAUUCCUGCUUGGUAUGUGACACUUGAUGAUGACCAGCUUAAAGAAAUGGGUUCUUAUAAUGACCACUGGGUGGUUGGUAGAAAUGACGAGGAAGCAUUGCAGGAGGCAAAACAGAAGUUCCCUGGGAAGACAUUUCAGAUUGCUCAAGAUCCAGAUGUGUUGGACACAUGGUUUUCAUCAGGUCUUUUCCCAUUAUCUGUACUUGGCUGGCCAGAUGCUACAGCAGAUUUUAAGGCAUUUUAUCCAACUUCGCUCCUUGAAACUGGACAUGACAUCCUUUUCUUCUGGGUGGCUCGGAUGGUGAUGCUGGGAAUGAAACUUGGUGGCGAUGUGCCCUUUAGAAAGGUUUAUUUGCAUCCGAUGAUCCGUGAUGCUCAUGGCCGGAAAAUGUCCAAGUCCCUUGGCAAUGUUAUCGAUCCACUUGAAGUAAUAAAUGGAAUAUCUCUAGAAGGCCUCCAGAAACGGCUGGAAGAGGGUAAUUUGGACCCAAAGGAAUUGAAAAUUGCAAAAGAAGGACAAGUGAAAGAUUUUCCAAAUGGUAUUACUGAAUGUGGCGCUGAUGCCCUCCGCUUUGCUCUCAUCUCUUAUACAGCCCAGUCUGAUAAGAUAAACUUGGAUGUUCUGAGAGUUGUUGGAUACCGUCAGUGGUGCAAUAAAUUAUGGAAUGCUAUACGUUUUGCUAUGAGCAAGCUAGGAGAUAAUUAUGCUCCUCCUGCUAUUCUUGGGGUGGAUUCUUUUCCAUCCAUCUGCAAGUGGAUUCUUUCUGUUCUUAACAAAGCUGUGGCCAAAACUGUAUCAUCCUUUGAGUCGUAUAGGUUCUCGGAUGCAGCUACUGCAGUAUAUUCAUGGUGGCAAUUCCAGCUUUGUGAUGUAUUUAUUGAAGCUAUCAAGCCAUACUUCUUUAAUGACUCAAAAGAGUUUGAAUUGGCAAGAGCAGCCUCUAGGGAUACACUGUGGGUAUGUCUAGACACUGGUUUGCGCCUGCUCCAUCCAUUCAUGCCAUUUGUUACUGAAGAGCUAUGGCAGCGCCUUCCUCAGGCAGAGGGAACCUGCAGGAAAGAAUCAAUAAUGAUAUCAGAAUACCCAUCAGUUGUAGAGGCUUGGACAAAUGAUCAAAUUGAAAGCGAUAUGGAUAUUGUCAUAGGUGCAGUGAGAAAGCUUAGAGCUCUUCGCCCACCUAGUGACAAAAAUGAAAGACAUGCAGCUUUUUCUCUUUGCCGAGGGCAGGAUGUUGCUGAAAUGAUUAAAAGAUAUGAGUUUGAGAUUGUAACUCUGGCUUCGAUAUCAUCUUUAAAGGUCUUGAGUGAGAAGGAUGCACCUCCAGUUGGGUGUGCAAUUGACAUUGUGAAUGAAAAUCUUUCUGUGUAUCUUCAACUCCAAGGAACACUCAAUGCCGAAGCCGAACGUGAAAAACUCAGGAAGAAGAGACAGGAAAUAGAAAAGCUACGUGCACCUUUGGCCCAGAUGAUGAAUGCUUCAGGUUACAAGGACAAAGCUCCACAGAAUGUCCAAGAAGAUGACAUGAAAAAGCUGAAUGCUUAUUUAGAAGAACUGAAGAUCAUCGAUGAAGCUGAAAGAGAUCUAGAUCAGAUGAUAAACUGAGAAAACUAAAGGAAGUUUUGGUAAAUUAUCUUCCAGUGAUUGUUGUUAAUUCUUUUACGUAGACUUUUUCUUCUACAUUAAUAUUUACUUUCUAGCUGAUCCCUAAUUGUUGGGCUAAUGCCCGAUAGUUAUUUUUCUGGUUAUUGAUAUUUAUAUUAUAUACUGUGGAGUUCUAUAUGGAUACGAGGUUAAUGUCACAAAAAAUCCUUUCAUCA